GGUUAUUACAUUGAGACACAACACAACAUAGUUUUUGACACUCUCAAUCUCAAUUUCCAACAACACUCUCAAUCUCAAUUUCAAUCACCUUCAAUGGCUCCAAUCAAAGUCGGAGAUGUGAUCCCAGAUGGCACCUUAGCCUUCCUUGAUGAAGAAAACAAACCUCAAUCUGUCACCAUUCAUUCCCUCUCUGCUGGCAAAAAAGUCAUCAUCUUUGCUGUUCCUGGUGCCUUCACCCCCACUUGCAGCUUGAAGCAUGUUCCUGGCUUCAUUGAGAGAUCAGAAGAGCUGAAAGGAAAGGGAGUUGAUGAAAUCAUCUGUAUCAGUGUCAAUGAUCCAUUUGUGCUGAAUUCAUGGGCCAAGACAUUCCCAGAGAACAAGCAUGUCAAGUUCCUUGCUGAUGGUUCUGCCAAAUACACACAUGCUCUUGGGUUGGAGCUUGACCUCAGCGACAAAGGUCUUGGCAUUCGCUCCAAGAGGUUUGCUCUUCUUGUUGAAGACUUGAAGGUGAAGGUUGCAAAUGUUGAAGAGGGGGGAGAAUACACCAUCUCCGGUGCUGAAGAAAUCAUCAAGGCUCUUUGAGCAUUUAAUGAAUGUGUUGAAUCUUUUGUAUGCAGUACAUCAUAAUUGAAACAUUUUAUGCAUAAUGUUGUGUUCUUUAGUUAAGGACAUGAUAUGGUGCUUAUUUUGGAGAAAUAAAACUGCUAGUUUCAAAUGUGUUA